AUCGAAUAUCACUGUGUCAGUUGGCUGAACGUGCUAGCAGUGAGGCAGCUUUUGUUUCGAGGUUGUUUUUAAGCAUAGAAAUAGACUCGGUUACAGAUGAUGGUUGAAGAAAGAGAUUCUUAGCGAGCUGAAGUUUGGAAAGUUCGAUUCUCAUGACUGUUCAGGCUGGUCCAAUCAGCAAGAGAGAACUAUGAGGCAUGUUGGAAAGAGCCAGAUGUCAAACACUUCGCUUACAGUUGCAGGCUUCAGUCUCUUUGCGGUGAAAUGCAGGGAGAGUUGAGGAGUGUUGGGCGAAACACCAAGAACUGAAUACGGUUGCAAGAUACGAAGCAAUCCUCAAGGAUAUAUAACAUCCAAUAGAAAAUUGCUUAUAUGAUAGGGAUCACGAGGAACGACAGAUCAGCUGGCCGCAACACCAAGAGCCAGUUCAGUCCAAUAUUCAGCCACAUUUUUGUCAUCGAUGGAUAUUCACAUGUAACCGAAAAACAUUCAAGAAAAAGUUAAAGGGCCCGAAGGUACCGGUCUGUGAAAACUGACCAACUGGCAGCUGAUGACAGUGAUCUCCAGGUCUUCGGGAGGGUUACCUAGCGUCCGUCGGGCGCCCGAGCCUUCCAUUGAAUUGGAUCGGAGGGUACAACAAGGUGCUUACGACGAGAACCAGUGAUGGAUUCUGAUGUGUUACGCAUGUAUACCUGUUUGGUGAUACCUACUUGUGCUGCUUCUCGUUCUUGGCUGUGUAUCUUGGCUGCUGUGUGUCUCCAAGCCAUAGACACAAGUGCUGACGAGCUGAAAGUGUUGCUCUGGAAUAUUGGAUUUGAAUGAGCAUUCAGAGGAGGCAGAGAGGGUAUUAUGAGUCUGUCCCCCGCAUUCUCUCCAAUAAACCCCAUACACAGCAUCAACUGUGGAUGCUGUAAUCACAUCCUCGGUUCACUUGACUCAAAAAGGGCCACGUCCCGCGCCUCAAGCAAGGAUUGAAGAGACAUUGUAUCAAUGGAUGUAUCGCGGGGGGAAUGAAUGAAUUAGGGGAAUUUUAUCAACUCCCCCAGGUCUUCUCCAAGUGCCGCUAUCCCAUAUUCUGCUAGCUACAGGCCUGUGCUACUCCACGAAAUCUGGGGCUGCCGAGGCACAUGGGCGUAAUGGCGUACCAGACUGCGCAACGCGCCUCGGUCUACGCUCUUCCACUUUUGCGCUUAACUUGAUGGCGUUCGCCAGGCUCGGAAGCUUGUCCAGAAGGUCUUGGAACUGAAUUUCUUCAAAAACUCCAAUCCUACUAAUCUCGUUCCUCUUUUCCUACCUCUUCCCUCCCGUUUUUUUGCUUUCAUUCUCUGUGAUUAAGCCUUACCAGUGAAUUAUCUGUAAGGGAUCAGUCAACUGGCUCCUUGUGCUUGUGUUCCUCUGAAUACCUGCAUUCAACCAACCAACCAACCAACCAACCCAUUGUCUUCUUCCCACUCACUCUCUCGCUUGGGUAACAGAACAGCUCCAAGCAUACCUCCCUCCCCGCAGCAAUCGACUCGCUCCGUGUCUUUGUGUCCUUGUCUCGCCUCGCCUCGCCUCGCCAGAACUGUAACCCCUCCAACAACUUGACUCCUCGCCUCCGAUCUUCACCAUGGCUCUCCAGACACAAAAAGACUACGACGCCCUAUACAAGAGGCUCACCACAGUCCCUCCCCCCGGAAAACCCUACGGUAUUCCCGUCCCCGGCACAGAACGACCUAACCGCACCGCCGCCUACCGACACUGGGCAGUCGGCGAUGGUCCUCUCGUCACAGCGCUAGAGCCUGGUAUCAAUUCGACACACGACGUCCUUGAGAGGAGUGCGCGCAAGUGGCCCAACUCGAGAUGUCUCGGAACCCGCCAUUGGAACCAGGCGACUCAGCAGUGGGAGGACAAGUACGACUGGAUCAACUACGGUGAUUUCGACGUCCGAAGGAAGAAUUUCGGUGCCGGUCUCGUUGAGAUUCACAAGGCCAUCAACUAUUCUCCUGAAAAGUACGGCGUCGGUUUGUGGUCGCAGAACAGGGCUGAGUGGCAGAUCGCCGACUUCGGUAUCGCUUCUCAAUCACUUUAUUCGGUAUCUCUCUACGAAACUCUUGGUCCCGACACAACAGAAUACAUCAUCAACCAUGCCGAGGUCGCCUGUGUUGUCUGCUCCCUCCCCCAUAUCCCUGUUCUUCUUAAGAUGUCUCCCCGGCUACCCGGUCUGAAGCUCAUCGUUUCUCUCGAUCCGCUCGAGCAGGGUGAAUUGGCUUCUCACACCAAGGCCUCCGUUCUCAAUGAGAUUGCUUCUCAACAUGGCAUCCAGAUCUACUCCAUGACUCAGGUUGAGGAGAUUGGUGCUAAGUCUGGACGCGCCCCUCGUGCUCCCAGCCGCAAUGACAUCUGCACCAUCAACUACACCUCCGGUACAACUGGCAACCCCAAGGGUGUUCUCAUCACCCACGGAAAUGCUGUUUCUGCCAUCGCAGGCGGUCGAACAAACGGCAAUGUGAGCAGCAAGGACGUCCACUUGUCCUAUCUACCUCUAGCCCACAUCUACGGACGACUCAUCGAUCAGAUCGCCGUCGCUGAGGGCGCUGCCAUUGGUUUCUUCCGAGGUGACAUUCUGGGCUUGGUUGAUGAUAUGAAGAUCCUCAAGCCCACUGGUUUCAUCUCAGUUCCUCGUCUCUUCAACCGCUUCAACUCUGCCAUUCGCACUGCUACUAUUGAAGCCGAUGGUGUCCGAGGCGCUCUCUCGCGACGUGUCAUUGACACCAAGAAGGCCAACAUGCGACUCCCUCCCGGAAAGGCCUCCAACACCCAUUUCUUGUACGACCGAAUCUGGACCCCCAAAGUCAAGGCCGCCGUGGGCAUGGACAGAGUCCACAGCAUGGUCAGCGGCAGUGCCCAGCUUGAUCCUGAUGUCCAAGAGUUCCUGCGCGCCGCUUUCGCGAACCACUUCGCUCAGGGCUUUGGCAUGACCGAGACGUAUGCCGUCGGAUCUAUCCAGGCACGCGGUGACUUUACUACCGGUAACAUCGGCGGCCCCAUGUGCUGUGUGGAACUCUGCCUCGAGUCGGUUCCCGAGUUUGAUUACACCGUGGAUGACAAGCCUAACCCUCGUGGUGAGCUUCUCCUCCGCGGUCCCGUCAUCUUCCGCGAGUACUACAAGAACGCCGAAGAGACCGAAAAGACUCUCGACGCCGAUGGUUGGUUCCACAGUGGUGACAUCUGCGAGGUUGACAAGAUGGGCCGCUUCAAGAUCAUCGAUCGCAAGAAGAACGUUCUCAAGCUUGCUCAGGGUGAGUACAUCUCUCCUGAGCGCAUUGAGAACGUCUACAUGGGCAGCACCAACCUAAUCAACGCCGCCUAUGUUCACGGUGACGGUACUCAGUCCUCAUUGGUCGCCAUCUUUGGUAUCGACGUUGAGAACUUUGCUCCUUUCGCCAGCAAGAUUCUCCAGGAGACCAUCGCACCCAACCAGGUCGCCGAUCUCCGCAUCGCCGCUAACGACCCCAAGGUGAAAGCCAAGUUCCUCAAGGUCCUCGACGGCAUUGGCAAGAAGCACAAGUUCAACAGCUUCGAGAAGGUUCGCAAUGCCCACCUCGAAAUUGAUCCUUUUACAAUCGACAACGGUCUAUUUACCCCUACGCUUAAGCUUAAGCGCCCCCAGGCCGCCAAGGCCUACAGGGAGCAUAUUGACCGUAUGUAUGAGGAGCUUGCUGCUCAGGAGCCUGUUGGAAAGAACAAGCUGUAAAAUAUGUUGUGAUGAUCAGCUCAAAUGUGUUUUUUUUUUCCCUUGGCGUUAGAGCUGUAUCCCAGAUUUUCUAUAUAUGUUGAAGAUAUUGAGCGGCUUGAACUUGUAAAUGAAUAUUACAGUAUACUAUCAAUGUAUACCUACUUAUUUAUAUCUACUUAUUGAUUAAUGCUCUCUUACUUCUUAAAGAUGCU